GAUAAGACGCUUUCCUUUACAGUCAAGGGAAUAGAAGUUCUCACUCGGCGCCAAUGUGGCCCAUUCCGGCGCAUUCUAUAAGUCUCUUAAAAAAGGAGAAUGGAAAAAACUGUAAAAAAUGGUAUGGAAUGGUAUAGUAUGGAAUGGUAUGGAGUGGUAUGGAAUGGGACGGAAUGGCCCAUUCCGUCCCAUUCCAUCCCAUUCCGCUUUUUCCCCCUUGCACUUUUGACUUCAUAGCUUUUCGUAAUUGCAAGAUUCUCCAUGGCGAAAGAUUGCAGACAGUUAAUUUUUUUUAUCCAAGGAGCAAAUAAUUCUAUGUGGGCUGAUUGGAGCCGAUUUAUGAAGUAGACAUUAGUUGUUUAGAAAAUCAAGGAUCUCUGAAAACCUCAAAAGGGACUUUUGGGGUGUUUAACAAUCUCUAGAAAACUGCAAAGCUCUAAAUAAAAAAUCAGCUCAUCAGCCCACGUAGUUACCUAUCUAGUUUGAAAUGAAACCAACCCGAAGUUUUUCUCUUAAAACAUAUGAAAGAAAAGUACCGCACAGUGAAGGAGUUUUUUGACCGUGGAAUUCUAUAACUUUGCAAAGAAAGAUCAUGUGGAGCUGAAGGAUGUCUCAUUUUGACGGAUUUUCCACUGGCUUCUAUCAAAAGUUAUUCAAAAAAUGGCCAAGUGCACUGUUGUUUUUACAGACGGUAGGUACCAAUAUAUAAUGGCAAUAAGGACUUUACUGCGGUUUUAGUUAAAGGUCUAUAGUGGCACAAAGGUGUACGAGCGUGUCACGUCUAUGACACUGGAGUUGCUCAUAUCUUUAUAUCUUUUUUGUGCAAACAAUAAUCUUUGUAUCUCCAUUUUUUUCCUAUAAUGUUUUCUAGAAGUUAUAUUCAUAAUAUAAAUGGUACUAGAGCAAUAUGGAAUCGAUUAGGUUUAUUUAAUCUAAUUCUCGAUUUUGAACAUAUAGCUAUUGCCGAAGAAUUAAUUAAGUUUUUAGCAGCAUUUGAGACUGCGACAACGGUACUACAAGCAUCAAAAUCCUAUCCAACAGUGCAUUUGGUUUUGUUGUUUCGAAAAAGUAUACAAGAAGUAUUCGUUAUUCAAUUAAACGAUCGAGAAACAAUUGUUAAUUUAAAAACAAUAAUGAAACAGUCAUUUGAUACACGCUUUCCUAUACUUGAUAUAUAUUUAGCAGCAUCGUUGUUAGAUCCUUCUCAACAUACUUUCGAUACAGAUGAAUAUUUUAAAAAUUUAUCAAUGAAUAAAACAGAAUUACUUUGCUGA